GAUGAAUUCAAGAAAAAUACCCUCUUUUUUUCCCUCUUCUUUUCCCUCUUCACAGCAAAUACUCUAACACCCAUUUCAUCAAACACAUUCUCUGCCUUCUCCCCAAUUCUCUCUCACUAAAACCAUGGCUCAUUCCCACCUUCUCCACACUUCCUUCGUCCCCACCGCUCGUCCCGCCCUCCGCCGCCGCCUUGGCGGCGCCGCCCACCUCCCCCGAAAGGCCCAUCUGAUUCAAUCCAAGAUCCGCGAAAUCUUCAUGCCGGCGCUCAGCUCCACGAUGACGGAGGGAAAGAUCGUGUCUUGGGUCAAAUCGGAAGGGGAUAAGCUUGCUAAGGGCGAAUCAGUCGUCGUGGUUGAGUCCGACAAGGCGGAUAUGGACGUGGAGUCGUUUUACGAUGGGUACUUGGCCGCCAUUGUCGUCGACGAGGGCCUCUCAGCUGCGGUUGGAUCCACCAUCGCUUUCCUCGCCGAGACUGAGGAAGAAAUCGCCCUCGCCCAAUCGAAAAGGUCGUCUUCUCCCGCCCCUUCAGCAGCCUCCGCCGCUGCUGGCAGCAACGAUGCCCCGACGGUGCUUGAUGAAAUGCCGAGCCCAGUUUCUGCUGCUGUAGCUAGUGUCAGCAGCAAUUCGGCUGCUGUGGGGUCGGCUGUGCAUCCGGCGUCUGAAGGGGGGAAGAGGGUGGUGGCGUCGCCUUACGCGAAGAAGCUGGCGAAGGAUUUGGGGGUGGAUUUGAAGGGAAUUGUUGGGAGCGGGCCAAAUGGGAGAGUGGUGGCUAAGGAUGUGGAGGCUGCUGUGAAUGAGGUUGCCACGGUGGCUGCUGCAGCUGCGGUGGCUACACCGAGUGGCGUGGAAUUGGGCUCCGUGGUGCCAUUCACGACGAUGCAGAGUGCUGUGAGUAGGAACAUGGUUGAGAGCUUGGCCGUGCCGACAUUCAGAGUGGGGUAUACUUUCACAACAGAUGCUCUUGAUGCUUUAUACAAGAAGAUCAAGUCUAAAGGAGUGACUAUGACAGCAUUGCUAGCCAAGGCAACGGCACUUGCUCUGGUCCAGCACCCUGUUGUGAACUCCAGCUGCAGAGACGGAAAGAGCUUUACGUAUAACAGUCAUAUCAACAUUGCAGUAGCAGUAGCCAUAGACGGUGGUUUGAUCACACCAGUACUUCAAGAUGCUGACAAGAUUGAUAUUUAUUCAUUAUCGAGAAAGUGGAAGGAAUUGGUUGAUAAGGCACGAGCGAAGCAGCUCCAGCCCCAAGAAUAUAAUUCGGGAACUUUCACACUGUCUAACCUCGGAAUGUUUGGCGUGGAUCGUUUUGAUGCUAUUUUGCCACCGGGAACUGGUGCAAUCAUGGCUGUCGGUGCUUCUGAACCGUCUCUUGUUGGUACAAAGGAUGGCCGGAUCGGACUGAAAACUCAGAUGCAGGUAAAUGUAACAGCAGAUCAUCGCGUGAUAUAUGGUGCUGAUCUGGCAGCCUUCUUGCAAACCCUGGCCAAGAUAAUCGAGGACCCUAAAGACCUAACGCUGUAGAUUUUUCGUAUAAUGGGAGAUUAAAGAUUCCGUUUGAGUAUCACCUCGUCCAGUUAAACUACAAGGAUGCCCUCGCUCAAGAUGAAUCAAGAUGAGGAUGCCUUCGAACAAGAGCACCCGAGCCAUUGAUACAUAACGAAGACGUUGCAUGAACAAGGUAGUGUGGCAUAUGCUUUUUAUGUUAUUGUCAAAGUUGAAACUAUUACAUACACUUCAUUUUUUUGGUAAGAGGUCCUUUUAUUGCUUGUAUUGUUUUGAUCUUGAAGCUAUGAGUUUAAUAAUUUGGGCUA